AAGAAGACGAAGAAGAAGCAACAGACAUGCGCUGGAAAAGUGAGGGGAAAGUUCAUCGCUGCAUCCUGCCUGCAGGCUCCGGCGAGGAGUGAGCGGCCAGCUGAUGAUAUUUAUGGCGAGCGUGCGGACUGCCUCGGGGGGUCAUUGAACGCACCGCGAAAGCAGGGAGGACACGCGCGAGGGGAAAACGGGAGAUGUGCGCCGCAUGUGAGGACUCCAAAGGCAACAUUUUGGACACGGCAGCAGACCCUCUGGUAGGGAUGAGGACGAUUUCUGAACAACAGAAAUAUACUUUUGUCAUUAUAAAUGCUACUUAUAUUGCGCGUUUGAAUUACAUAUGCUUUUAUUUUUUUGACGAUUUUGUGCACGUGAAACUAAAACACGCAGUUGCAUGUUGCAAAUAUGACUCCAAAAUGAUGUUGCGUGUAUGCGUAUGUUUUGCAGUGAAGUGGCUUGGAUUGGAUAUCAUUUGGAAGAUAAAUUUGGGAGUCAUUUUGCAAGAUAAUAAGGUGGAGGUUGCGGAUGAAGACAUCCGGUCCAGCCUGCAGACGAUGUCCUCCGAGCCUCCUCUCGGCACAAGCGUGUGCGCCAGCUGCAAUGAAGAAAUAGUAGAUAAAUAUUUAUUGAAGGUGAGCGACCUGUCCUGGCAUGUGCGCUGCCUUUGCUGCAGCGUGUGCCAGGCCGCGCUCGGCGGCCACACCAGCUGCUACAUUAAGGACAAGGAGGUCUUCUGCAAGAUGGAUUACUUCAGAAGGUUCGGCACGUGGUGCGCGUGCUGCGGGCGCCACGUCCACGCCACCGACUGGGUGCGGCGCGCCAAGGGCAACGUCUACCACCUGGCCUGCUUCGCCUGCUUCUCGUGCAAGCGGCAGCUGUCCACCGGCGAGGAGUUCGCCCUGGUGGACGACAAGGUGCUGUGCAAAGUCCACUACGACUGCGUGCUGGACAAGCUCAAGAGGGCCGCCGACAAAGGCAGCAAUGUGAAUAUGGAGGGCGCGGUGCCCACCGAACAAGAAAUUAACCAGCCCAAACCGUCCAAGAGAGCCAGGACCAGCUUCACCGCCGACCAGUUGCAGGUGAUGCAGGCGCAGUUCGCGCAGGACAACAACCCGGAUGCCCAAACGCUGCAGAAACUGGCCGAGCAGACGGGCCUCAGUCGAAGAGUCAUACAGGUGUGGUUCCAGAACUGCCGCGCCCGCCACAAGAAGCACGUGAGCCCCAACCACACGUCCGGCGGCCCCCUGACCUCUCUGCAGCCCGCUCGCCUGGCCCCGCCCACCCCCACCCCCGAGGAGCUGCAGUACACGGCCUACGGGGGCCCGGAAGCUUCCAUGCUGUCGGCGCUGCACUCCUUCAUCGACAGCGAGCACCAAGCCUUUUAUGAACUGCUGUACGAGUGACUGGCCGUGCAGAUUUUCACUUGAAUCAGCACCCCCCCCCCCCCCCUCUCAAAGUGCGACGCCUAGUGGUAGGCCGUUUUAAGUUUUAUUGACCUCUGGGGGGCCAGGAUAAAAUGUAUGAAAAACUAUGAAAGAAUGAUUUAUCCUUUUUUUUUACAUUUUUUUUUAUUUUAUAUCAUGAUAAUUUGUGAAAAACUUUUGAUCAUUGCAAAGGGUGAAAAAUAUGAUUCAUGUAACCUGCCUCAUAAUGUCUUAUUUUAUUUUAUAUUGUGAAGCAUCACUGCUUUAAGUUGCUGGAUAUUAGGGAAUUCUACUCCGAAUUCAGCCCACCUCAAAAGAUGCGUACCAAUUGCAAAUGCCGUGCAUCUGAAGGUCUGCAAAUGUAAUUUAUUGUGUGUAUGUCGAGUGUCUUUUAUGAAAAUAAAUGUCUAAUUUCACAAACACGGA